AUGCUGCCUAGUCCUUUACCAGCGCCGGGAGACGCAACCGCGGCGGACACCCAUCAAGCAACCAAAGCCUCCGCACGUGCAGGCGAAACAGCAGCGGAAGCAUCUACAGAUACGCCAUCCGAAGCAGCAGCAACUGGAUCUCUUGCAGGAACAGAAAACGGGGAGUUUGUUCAGCUGGACAGGGCCUCCUUCUGCGAAACAGCAGCGGAAGCAUCUACAGAUACGCCAUCCGAAGCAGCAGCAACUGGAUCUCCUGCAGGAACAGAAAACGGGGAGUUUGUUCAGCUGGACAGGGCCUCCUUCUGUAAAUAUGAAGAAGUCACUUGCCUUCGAGUGCCGGUGAACCAACUCCAGGAGUUGUCUACGGCGCUAAGGAAAGACAGCAGCAGAGGGGGCAGCGAGGCGGCCGUUGUGAGGGUCGUGGGCCAUGAUGCGUUUCAGGUACCUCUUCAAGCGGAGAAACUUGAGGCCUGUUGUACCGGACACUGCGGAGGGUUCGCAUCAGGAGGAGGCGCAGCAGCAGAGCCGACAGGAGCAGCCUACGGAGGCGCAGCAGGCCCAGCAGGCGCAGCAGGCGCAGCAGCAGGAGCAGCUCAAGACACAGGAGAAGCAGCAGCGGAAAUGCAAAGGAGAGGCCUUGCAGAAGGGCGGCGGGACGAGCUUUAA